ACGCCCGAUCCGAGCCGUGCCGUGCCGACCCGAGCUGUGUCGUGCAGUACCGUGCCGGCCCUGCGCAUUGUGGUCCUCCGCCGGGGGGCGAAGAUGGCCGAGAAGCAGCAGAAGCACGACGGGAGGGUGAAGAUCGGCCACUACGUGCUGGGGGAUACGCUGGGGGUCGGCACCUUCGGCAAAGUCAAGGUUGGCGAACAUCAGCUGACGGGGCACAAAGUAGCAGUAAAAAUCCUGAACAGACAGAAAAUACGCAGCCUGGAUGUGGUUGGGAAGAUCAAAAGAGAAAUUCAAAACCUGAAACUCUUCCGGCACCCUCAUAUUAUCAAACUGUACCAGGUCAUCAGCACGCCAACAGACUUCUUCAUGGUCAUGGAAUACGUAUCUGGCGGUGAAUUAUUUGAUUACAUCUGUAAGCAUGGACGUGUUGAAGAGGCAGAGGCUCGACGCCUUUUCCAGCAGAUUCUCUCCGCGGUGGAUUACUGUCACCGACACAUGGUUGUCCACAGGGACCUGAAACCAGAGAACGUGCUGCUGGAUGCACACAUGAAUGCGAAGAUAGCUGAUUUUGGAUUGUCCAACAUGAUGUCUGAUGGUGAAUUUCUACGCACCAGCUGCGGUUCCCCAAAUUAUGCAGCCCCUGAAGUCAUCUCUGGAAGGCUGUAUGCUGGCCCAGAGGUGGACAUCUGGAGCUGCGGUGUCAUCCUCUAUGCCCUCCUCUGUGGCACUUUGCCCUUCGAUGAUGAGCAUGUGCCCACCCUCUUCAAGAAGAUCCGGGGAGGUGUGUUUUACAUCCCUGAGUACCUCAACCGCUCCGUUGCCACUCUGCUCAUGCACAUGCUGCAGGUUGACCCUCUCAAGCGUGCAACCAUCAAGGACAUCAGGGAACACGAGUGGUUUAAGGAGGAGCUGCCCAGCUACCUCUUCCCAGAGGACCCUUCCUACGAUGCCACCGUCAUCGAUGAUGACGCGGUUCGGGAGGUCUGCGAGAAGUUUGAGUGCACCGAGUCAGAAGUGAUGAACAGUCUGUACAGCGGCGACCCCCAGGACCAACUAGCGGUCGCCUACCACCUUGUCAUUGACAACCGGAGGAUCAUGAACCAAGCCAGUGAGUUCUACCUAGCCUCCAGCCCCCCAACUGGCUCCUUCAUGGACGACACCAUGCAUAUCCCUCCCGGUGUGAAGCCGCACCCUGAGCGGAUGCCACCCUUGAUAGCAGACAGUCCCAAGGCACGCUGCCCUUUGGACGCACUCAACACCACCAAGCCCAAACCUCUGACUGUCAAAAAGGCCAAGUGGCACCUGGGGAUCCGCAGCCAGAGCAAGCCCUAUGACAUUAUGGCCGAGGUGUACCGAGCUAUGAAGCAGUUGGAUUUUGAAUGGAAGGUGGUGAACUCCUACCACCUCAGAGUGCGUCGGAAGAACCCGGUGACGGGCAAUUACGUGAAAAUGAGUCUGCAACUGUACCAGGUGGACAACCGCAGCUACCUCCUGGACUUCAAAAGCAUUGAUGACGAGGUGAUGGAGCAGAGGUCCGGCUCAUCCACCCCGCAGCGCUCGUGCUCAGCCGCUGGCUUGCACCGGCCAAGACUAAGCAUUGAUGCUGCAGCAGCCGCUGAGUGCCAGUCACUGAUGGGGUCCCUGAGUGGCUCCUUCGUGGGCAGCAUCUCCUCAGUGCCCCCACGCCUGGGCAGCCACACCAUGGACUUCUUCGAGAUGUGUGCCAGCCUGAUCAUGGCUCUGGCUCGCUGAGCCGGGCACCGGACUCCAAGCACAUGGCGUUGCACUGUGAGGACCAGCUCCAACAUGGCCGUUCUGUUGUUCUUCUGCUUCCUUCCUUCUCCUCACCACUCCACAGCCUGCGGCACAGAACCUGUUCCUCUGUUACGAGAUCCCAAGUGCACUCAAAGGACACAGCCCCUCAAACAAGGCAUUGAGGAAAUCAGGAAUGACUUCGUUUCACUCGUUAGACCAGAGUGAAAUAUAUAUGAGCUUUUUUUUAUCCUGAACCCAAUGGGAUACGUGGGCAGGGCUGUAAAGUAGCAAACAUAUCACUGACUUUUGGUAGAGAACUCCCUCCUGGCUGAUCCUGAAUUCACAGAACCAUGGGCAAGUAUUUCUUUCUGCAACACACAUUGGUUCAGGUUGUACCUCCCACACAGCCUGAAGCAGGGGGAGGACAGGGCUGAACCUCUGGCAAUGCUUUCACCCUAAAACAAGCAGCUGCUUCAUGUACCACCCCACCCUCUGUUCUUUUUCCCCUACUAAAGAAGGGUGAGGGGUGGCAUGUGCAAAGCUCCCAUUGCAGACAUGGGGCAGGAUGCUGCUGAGUCCCCCAGAUCCGGCUCUCUGCGUCACAGCUUCGGUGUGCUUACCUCUCACCUUUCCCAUAGGAAGAUUUUGCCCAUUGUCACCACCCCAAAAUCUCUGCCAAAGCUGCCUGCCUUCACCUGCCAAGGAUCCAAGAAUGAAGAGCUCUGCUGUCCUGAUACAGAAUGGGCUGGGACCUCGCUGCGACAUGGAGAAGGCAGGGAUAUCACAAGCAUUUCACUGUUUCUUUGCUACUGGCUUUCUGAAGGACAGGGUUUUAUAUUUUAAGACGAACUAUGAGGAUUUUUCAGGUUAAAAUUCUUGUUAUUCGAGGGUAAACUCUAGUGCAUGUGUGACAGUUUCUUUGUUUAAAAGAAUUAUUACUUCUCAUUACAUAGGCUUAAUCUAAUGGACAGAGUUGGCAUCUGCUUGGCUUUGCUACGGUAUUUAAUUCCAUUUACUUGAUUGCAAAGGAACUUAAUAGUCUGAUCAGUCAAGGAACAAAUGCUUUAUGAAAACGUUGCCAAAAAAAUCCUGGGAGGGUUAUUUUCUUCCUUUUUUGGUUUUGCUUUAAGAAACAAAACAAAGGAGAGUGUUAGCAAUGUUGCUGGUUCCAGGUAUGCAGUCAUUCAACUUUAAAAACAACCCUGAACCCAUUCUUUUGAUAGUUCUUAUGUCCCUGGAAGUUUUUUGCUAAGGAUUGUUUUUUUUUUUGUACAGUUGCACUUUAAUUUAUACUUUCUGAAAGUUUCUAUAAGCAGCAAGGAGGAGAAUGAGACAUUAAACCUUUUUGUACUAAUUGUUUUAGAUACUGAAGACAAAUACGGGAUAUUUUUGCCAUCUACUGGCAGAUAAGUGGACGUUUUUCAGUGUGAAGUCCCCCUUUUUUAAGAACACAAAAUUGCCUUACUUUUGUUACAGGUGACACUUCGAUUCUCACUAAUGUGUAUUUCCAGCUCCAGUUUUAUCAGAAGCCGCACAAAGUAGAAACCUGCCAAAAAAGCAUCAGUCUUGCUGUUGAGUUCUUGUAUGCGGAAUCCAACAUAGCAGUGUUCGGAUUGCAAACAGCAGAACAAUCUCGUUUUUAAAGGAAACACUGGAAAUCUUUGUAUUAAUCCUAGGUUUUGUAAUGGGUUUUUAUUAUAUUAUUGUUAUGAAAUAAAUACCAAUGGCUGGAGGACAGCUUUGGUAGUGUACCUGGUGGGCAUCAGGCAGUGUGCAUCUCCUGUGCUCCAGUAGGAGCAAGAAUGGAGAAUCCAGACUCUUGCAUACAAAAGAACCACUUAGACCCAAAUCUGAGCAGUGUCCAGCUCCUUAGCAGCUUUCAGAUCAGCACUGAGAUGCCAGGCAAGCAGCAUGGGAUGCUUUGGGUGCUGGAGAUCAGCCCCUCUGGAAAGGAGCAGGAGAGGGUGGCCGAGUGGCCAGGAGAACAGUCAGAAAUUUAGGAGUACCCCUGCUGGGAAACAUAUUCGAAUAUAAAAGGCUGUUUAAGUCAUCACUCAUACUUUAACAUCUUGCCAAGGUGCUUGUCCUGGAACCAAGUGUGGCCAGGCUGAUAAUGUGUUUGCAUGGAGCAUGUGAGGAUGUCUUGCCUUAAAAUUACCCUUGUCCUCCCCAGCAGGACUAGUGGUGUUCAACAGCAGCAUAUCCCCUAGGAAGGAAUAUUUGCUUCUUGGAGGCAAGUGGGAUUUCUGAGUGGGGGAUAAGGCCUUGGGACACUUUGAGUUUUAGAAUCAUAGAAUCACCAAGGUUGAAAAAGACCUGCAAGAUCAUCUAGUCCAAUGAUCCAUCUACCACUAAUAUUUCCUCACUAAACCAUCUCCCUUAGUAAAACAUCUACAGGUUUCUUGAACACAAGAAACGGCUCUUCUCAGACCCAUACAAACACUAACUAAUAUAUGGAUUUGCAAAGCCCAUCCUGCCAAGGCAACAAGAGUGCCUCAGGAUUCCAGACAAAUGCCACCAGAGGCACUGCAGCAAGGAGUCAAGCCAUGCCAGGUGGUCACUAUGUGCUUCUGCCCAGGACAUCCUUGGUGAAUAGCUCAGAUUAGGCUGUCCAUUAAACAGCCUUACCCGUGUCCACUCCAAGUUUUGAGGUGUUUGGAGAAGUUUCACUCAUUUUUAUUUUUCUUUUUAACCUUGGAAUAGGCUGUUUUCUGAUUCCCAGCUGCUACGAAGCUACUGACCUCCAAUUAUGCUUUUUGGAGUAAAAGUCUCAUUUGUACACUGUGGUCCAUUUUUUGAGUCACUGGUACAUGCACAACCGCCAGGAAAAGCAGGGUGUAUGAUAUCUAUUGGAACUAAAAAAACUUGAAUUCUUCCAAGUGCAAUUCCUCACGAACCACUGACAGCUGUACUCUGCAAGCCACAGAUUCAUCCGAACAUUGCUUCAGCCCAAGUGGGAGUGUGACAAAAUGCAAAGGAUAGAGUUCAGCAUUAACCUCCAGCUUCUGGAUGGGUUAAUUCAGAAAUAGCUUGUACGGUACUGUUGGCAAACAUAUUUAUGCACUACAAAUGCAGGGCCGUUUGGCUUCCAGGAGCUGUGCAGGCAGAGGCAGGGGGAGUUUUCUUCUUUCAUAGGUCUGAAGUGCACAGUCAGCAUGUGUGUCCUAAUCGUGCAUCCAAGCACAGGGAUGUGGGCAGGGUUGUACAAAAAAUGAAGCAACUGGUUUGUAACUGUGGUACAUACUUUUUUUUGUGUGUGAUUAUAAUGCCAAUUCGUAUCAGAAUAGAUGAAGUUCGAACAAAAUAACUGUUCUGUCUACUCCCUUUCAUUUUACUGUUCCUUAUCAUUGAUCAUCUUUUGUGCAUCCGUGUAGAAGGAAGAGUCUCCAGCGCAGGACAUGAACUCGUGCCUUCCCCACACAUUAGGGCUCCUGGAAGCUGCAGGUUCCCAUGGUGCACGAACCCCACAGCUCACGCAGAGUCAUACUGGUGAGACCUGCAGGCCGUAUGCCUAAAUACUUGAAGUACCAUUUGCUGUGCAGUUUUUAGCUUCACCCCUUUAUUGGUUCAGAGGAAGGGGAGAAAAAGAAUCUUCCAUCAAUUCUCUUCCAAUGGGCCAUACAAAUCCCUACUCCAGCUUCUGUAGUGUUUUUACUGGAAUGUUUUAGGAUCCAUUUUUUGUGUAGCUGUUAUGGUCACCUUUCUUCGGGUCCUACUUUGGCAUGGGCUCUCCACUUCAUGGUUUCUUUUGGCUUUGAGACCUUUUUGCAUGAAUUUCUCUUCAUCUUUUAUUUACAAAAUAGAAACAACCUCUUGUAAUUCUGAACUUUCAGUCCAUCUCUCAGACGUGGGUUUAAUGGUUCAUAGAAUCACCGAGGUUGGAAAAGACCUCCAAGAUCAUCCAGUCAUUCACCUAUCACCCAUAUUCCCAAUAAACCACUUCCCUUAGAACAACAUCUAGAAUUUUCCUGAACACCUCCAGGGAUGGUGACUCAAUCACCUCUCUGGGCAGCCCAGUCUAGAGCCUGACUAGAGAAGAAAUAUUUCGUAAUAUCCAAUCUGAACCUCUCCUGGUGCAAAUUGAGGCCAUUCCCUCUCAUUCUAUCGCUAAUUACGUGGGAGAAGAGGCCAACCCCCCCACCUUGCCACAGCCUCCUUUCAGGGAGUUGUAGAGAGCUGUAUUUAGAGCUUCUCCUCUCUUCCGUGUCUGAAAGAUAAACUGUUUUCAGAAUUCAACCAAACACUGACUUUUGCAGCAGAACUGAUACUGUGUGCACACCAUGCACGUAUCCUUGCUACGUUUGAGAAUCAGAACUAGGAGAACUGGGCAGUCCACCAGAGCUCUGUCUGCAAAGCAUGAAUGAAGUUACAAAAGCAGUCUGUUUCCAACAAAAAGCCUUGAAAUUCCUGCUGAAGCUGCCUUAAUUUAAAGACAAAAUCGAAGUUAAUUUGUAAGACUCAUCUCUACAUUUUUCUUUUUUUCUUUUUUUUAAUUUGAAAUACUUAUCCUCAUCUCACUAAGCUGUGAAGUAGGCACUGUAGACACGGUAAUAUAUAUUCUUGUUGCUGAAAGCAUGUUCAUGUAUUUUGUAUCAUGUUAUAUUAAUGCAUUUCUUACCUCAGUGCAUUUGUGGUUUGUUUUUUUCAAGCUCAAAGCAAAACUGAAUCCCAGGAUGACUGUAGUGCCACGUUCCAGCAGCCAGGGGCAGACAAUCCUCACCUCCACAGGACAGGAGCCAGACUGGCCCGUUGCAAUGUUUUGGUUGUUUGUUCUACAAAGAGUAUUUAUGAUUUUUCUUCUGUUAAGAUACAGAACUGUAAAAGCUCUGAGCAGCAGCAUCUCUUCAAACAUAUCAAGCUCUGAAAAUACUGAGGUCUAUGACUCCUCCAUCUUUCUUAUCGCUUUCUCAGCUGAUAGGGAAAGUGUUGACUAAGUCAUUGAAAUUGACACUUAUGUCCAGCUACAGCCAUGGUGGAAGGGCACAGAGCCUGGGUUCAGUUUUGUCCUUUGUGCAAGUAACUGUGCAUUAGAUAAUCACAAAGAAGCCUUUUACCUUCUGUUGAUGGUGUGGAAAGUGGUUCUCAGUGUACUACACUGCAUGUGAUAGCUGUCUCUGUGGUUGACAUUUGCACUUUAAUAAACUCAGAGAUAAAGAGACAAAACUA